CAGGGCUGCGACAGAGACGGCCACCCGGUUUGCUACAACGCCUAUGGGGUUUUCAAAGACCGCGAAAUGUACGAGAGGAUCUUCGGCGAUGAAGAGAAGCUCAAGAAAUUCCUCAAAUGGCGAGUCCAGGUUCUGGAACGAGGCAUUAGUCUCCUCCAUUUCAAGCCCGGCGGCGUCAACUCUCUGAUUCAAGUCACCGAUCUCAAAGACAUGCCCAAACGCGAGCUCAGAGUUGCUUCAAAUCAAAUCCUCUCCCUAUUUCAAGACAAUUACCCUGAAAUGGUCGCCCGUAAGAUUUUCAUCAAUGUCCCGUGGUACUUCAGCAUGUUGUACUCGAUGUUCAGCCCCUUUCUGACUCAACGGACCAAGGGCAAAUUCGUCAUCGCUAAAGAAGGAAACGUCGCCGAGACCCUUUACAAAUUCAUCAGACCGGAAGACGUCCCGGUGCAAUACGGCGGCCUGAAUCGGCCGAGCGAUUUACAGAACGGGCCCCCAAAACCGGCGUCGGAGUUCGCCGUCAAAGGAGGGGAGAAAGUGAACAUUCAAAUAGAAGGCAUCGAGGGGGGCGCCACAAUCACGUGGGACAUCGUGGUGGGAGGGUGGGACUUGGAAUACAGCGCGGAGUUCGUCCCAAUCGCCGACGGCAGCUACACGAUCGCCGUGGAGAAGCCGAGGAAAGUAUCAGCCAACGAAGAAGCAAUCCACCACUCAUUCACCACAAGGGAAGCCGGAAAGAUGGUCCUCUCCGUCGACAACACCGCCUCCCGGAGGAAAAAAGUCGCCGCCUACCGCUACAUUGUCCGGAAAUCGACGGCCGUCUGAAUCCCCAAAUGUUAAACAAAAGGAAAAAAAGGGUAUUUCAUUCUGUAAUCUGUCUCCUCAUCAUCUCUCUCGCUGUAACGUGUUUUGGUUUUAACUUGAAAUGAAUGAAUUAGUUAGUUGGGUUGUGAUUGUGAACCGAAAA